AUGCACUCAUUCCUGCAGCUACCAGCAUCCUCUUCCUGCAGUGACUGGCUUUGCUUUAGAGUGGACUUGUUGAAUAGUUCAGCAUCCUCAAAAGCCAAAUCGAAGUGUGGUGCCACAUUUUUCCCCUGCGCGAGUGGGAUCCACUGCAUCAUCGGCCGCUUCCGGUGCAACGGCUUUGAGGACUGUCCUGAUGGCAGUGAUGAGGAAAACUGCACAGCAAAUCCCUUGCUUUGCUCUACUGCCCGAUUCCACUGUAAAAAUGGUCUUUGCAUUGACAAAAGCUUUGUGUGCGACAGUCAAAAUAACUGCCAAGACAACAGUGAUGAAGAAAGCUGCGAAAACCCUCAAGAGGCGGGCAGCGGCCAAGAUUAUGUGACCUCGGAAAACCAGCUGCUGUACUACCCCAGUAUUACCUAUGCUAUCAUUGGCAGCUCUGUCAUUUUUGUACUCGUGGUGGCCUUUCUUGCCUUAGUCCUGCAUCACCAACGCAAACGCAACAACCUCAUGACCCUGCCGGUGCAUCGACUGCAGCACCCUGUCCUGCUGUCCAGGCUGGUGGUCCUCGAUCACUCGCACCACUGCAGCGUCACCUACAACGUCAACAGUGGGAUCCAGUACAUGCCCAACCAGGCCUACCACAGGCCAGUGGAUCUGGACUCUCCCCCAUCCUAUUCAGAGGCUGUGCUUGACCAAAGACCACCUUGGUUUGACCUUCCUCCACCGCCUUAUUGUUCUGAAUCUGAAUCCCUCAAUCAGCCAGAUCUUCCUCCUUACCGAUCUCGGACAGGAAGCUUG